AGUCUUGUAGCCAAAGUUACUGCCCUUUGCUGUUAACAACAUCGUACGACAUCAAUCGGAUCAUCAUGGGGUUGAAAAAAUUCAUCGAUUUAUUUAACUACUGGUAUUUACAGUACACUUUAAACACUGCAGUUUACAUGCUGGAACCUACUGAAGUUAAAAUUGUCAAUUCAAUUUUGGUGGCAAUAAUUGCUUUAGCCAUGUAUUCAGCCUAUGUAUUCCUGCCAGGCCAUGCAGUGAUGAUGGUGCAUUUUGUUGAGUACUUGCUGAACAUUGUUAGCGAUCCACAUGUGGAAAAGGUUUCCUGAGCUGUCAUAUUUAUAAACUUGAAGGUCCAAAGAAAACAGUCACCACAUCAACAUUUGAUAAUGAAGAUUCUGUGUGAAUAUCAUCAUUACAGAUUCACAUCCUGUUUUAUCAACGAGAAAGGAUUUUGAUUAACAUUACACAUAUUAUAAAGUUAUAAUAUGUUGAUAUUUCUGAUUUUUUUUAUAAAAGCCUGCUAGUGACAAUCAGACAUCUUAAUAUUGAAAAUGCUAUUUAACAUAUUUUGAUUUUUGUUGUUUUAUUGAAAAUCUUGAUCUGUUUUAAACAUACAUGUAUAUUUAUUUAAAUGUUUGUUAAAUAUAGUUGUUUAAUCACAAUUGAUAAUAGUUAAUCUGGUCUGACACCAAGUCACUUUUUAGAUGAAUUCAUUGUUACAUGCAUUUAAUCUUUUUUUAGUAUUUGUAGUUAAUAAACUAUGACUUUCUUAGACGAAUUGUAACUAUGUUGGCAUAUGUGGAGUUGAACAAAAUGCAUAAUGCAAGUGCAUGAACAUCUAUUGUUUCAGUUAAAAUCUGGAGAAAAAAAGGGUAUCAAUUUUUGGCGAGUUACAAAUUGAUUGUAUGGACUUGCAUAUUUAAUCUAGAAACUUUGAUAUUUUACCUGCAUAUUUUAAUAAAAUGAAAACAAUGUUUUUAUAUGAAAACAUUUUUAUUCUACUACUUCGUGUUAUCAAGAGCUUCUUUUGUUGAGAUGUAUGUAAAUAAUUAUACAAAAUUUGUCUCGCAUGUAUACAUGAAAUAUUUAAAAAAGAAAUCACUGUAAUUUUUUUUCACCAGUAUCAGUAACUUAUUGCAAAUAUUCUUAUUGGCUAUUUUGUUCAUUUAUCAUCUCUUUUUUGGGGGGGGGGGGUGGGGGGGGGGGGGAGGGGGAGGAGGAGUGCAGCUAUUGGAUUUCUGGUUUUAUAAUGCUAAAUGUACAAUCUUUUCAUGCAUGGUUGUCAUUGACUGUUGAUUGCCUAUUAAAUUUAUUGUUUAAUAUUGUGAUAAAAACCGGCUGUUUUUUAUUUUACAUUAUGAAGUAAUAUUAAAACCAGCAAAAUGCUUUGUUACAUUUUUUGCCCACUUGUUCAUGAUUACAAUCUGAUUGAAAUCGCAAGAUGUGUUUUGACAUCAUGAUAAAAACCUGUGAAGACUUAAUACCUGUAGUCAUAUCCCAUUCCUGGGAUUGUUUUGUUCUCACUAAACAAGCUGAUUGUGGAAAAUUAAGGUGUUUUCUUACAUUGUUUUAUGUAAACAUUUAUUCAAGAAAAGAAUGGCAUUUUUUAUGCAGCAGGUGUACUUUUUAAAAGUUAAUAAUACGUCUUUUAAAACAAGUAAAUGUUGUUUGAUAUUUUAUCUUUUAUUCUACAAAAGGGACUGAAAUUCACACUGAACAUUUUAUAUAAAUUUUUCUCAUGAUGAUUGUUAAAUGUAUUGUUUUGCACUGAAGCUAGUUUUGCUUCAAAUAGGCCAAAUGAUGUGUUGUUCGAAUGUAUUUAUCUUACAUCUGUUUUAUCAGUAUUCUCUUGGUAGAAGUUUGAUGACACAAUGCUAACAAUGCCUUUUACAUGUAAGCACAUUAUCUUGAAUAAUGAUGUUCAAAUCCGUAUUUCGGCAUUUACUUUUAACUGAAUUUCAAUAAAUUGUGUAGAUGAAGCAAAAUCUAAAUAGGUUUGCAAACAAUAAUUUGGCAUUUGCUUAAAAGCAUUUAUAACCAUCACAAUUCAUUAGAUCUUCUGACAAAUGACUAUUGUCAAAUAAAAAAUGUAUUUUGUUCAAUUAUAAGGUUGGUGUGUUCACCAAAGUAUCUAGUCAUUCAAUUUGUGACUGUGUUCUUCUUUGUAGCCAAUUUAACCCCAGGGUAGCUUGACAUUGUAUACAAGGUCAGGUACUUGCCAUGUUACUAAAAUACUAACUUAUGUAUCUGUGUGGACAUUUGGAAAGAUCAAGAACACAAACAUUUGAGCCUAGCUCUGUGAAAACAGGGCUUAAUGCAUGUGUAAUGUGUUGUCCUAGAUUAGCCAGCCAAGUCUUUGAUUUUAUGUUUUUUUUGCGUUUAAAUUAAAUGAAGACUCCUCCUAACCUAAAGUCCGGUUUAGAAAAUGUUUUCUCCGAUUAGCCUGUGCGGACUGCAGUUUGUUUCUUACUUAUAUACACAUGAUGUAGUUAUCAUAAGGUGCUUUAGAUUUCAUAUCUGGAAGGUACACAAUUGACCCCAAUAUACUACAUCAAAGUUGAACAGCUUUCACUGACAGUCUUGAAGUAGCUUGAAGUACGAUUCCAUAUAGAUGUUUGGUCCAUGUAAAGGGUUUAACAUGAAACUGUUUUAUCGCUUUAUAUUAAUUUUUCGUCUGUAAGAUAGUAUAAAGAUACGAUACAAUAGAUGUUGACUCUCAAUUUCCAUGUUAAAAUGUUUGAUUUGUUCUAGAUCUUUCCGCAUGUUCAAGUAUGCUUGCUUUGAUUUAUCCGGUGCUAUAUCUCUUUAGAUGUAAAUGGUUGUUGUUAAGAUUGUAACUAACAACAGCCAGGUGUACAUUAUUGAUAUAUGUACUGUUUUCUUAUCUACGCAUUUGUUACUGUGUGAAUAUGUAUUGUGGAAUAAAGUUUUUUUCUUAUA